GGGAUCAUCGUCUUCACCGUCUCUCUGACACUAGCAGCAAUAGUAGCAGCAGCUCCUCCGACUCCACUGGUGUUUACUUCUGUUAUUCUGGUUAAGCAUCAUGACAAAGUUCAGGAAGCUCAAUCGUCCUACUGGUCAUCGAAUGUCCAUGCUCAGGACCAUGGUCUCGCAGCUGGUGAAACACGAACGCAUAGAAACUACUGUUGCCAAGGCAAAAGAAGUUCGUCGUCUUGCUGAUAACAUGGUGCAGCUUGGGAAAGAGGGAACCCUUUUUGCUGCUAGGCGGGCUGCUGCCUUUGUGCGAGGAGAUGAUGUUAUUCACAAACUAUUUACAGAGCUGGCUUACAGAUACAAAGAUAGGGCAGGAGGAUAUACGAGAGUGCUUCGAACUCGGAUUCGAGUUGGUGAUGCCGCACCAAUGGCGUAUAUAGAGUUCAUAGACAGGGAGAACGAGCUUAGGCAGUCGAAACCCCCGGCCCCACAACCAGCUCAAAGGCCACCGUUGGAUCCUUGGACAAGAUCUCAGCUUAGCCGGAGUUUUGCACCUCCUAAAGAAGUCAAAAGCUCCGAAGCCGAGGAUUGAAACUUCUUUUCAUUGGAACCAUCCAUUCCGGAAGGAAUAAAAGGUAUUCAAAACAAUAGCGAUUAAACUUCUAGAACAAUACGCAGAGUUUGUAGCGACAUUUUUGGCAUUCAGAUGUUUCAUUUUGUAUGGCAUAAACUUCUGCAUAGAAGUUUAUUGAGUCCUGUUCUGCUCGUUGAGGGCGGAAUUGGACUCUACAGUAUGAUCAUAAAAUCGAAUCAUCCGUUCCGAAAGGAAUAGAAGGUGUUCAAAACACUAGCAUUUAAACUUCUAGAACAAUACACGGAGUUCGUAGCGAC